AUGAUGUCUUUUGACGGAUAUACGGUGGUUGAUGAGAAAGGUUUCACCACAAAUCAUAGAGUGAAAAGACGCCAAAGAACCAACAAAAUUUUUAAAAGUUCACUAAUUACUAUAGGGGCGCUACUGCUUCUUCAUAUGAUUUUAACCAGUUAUCAACAGAUUUUCUCAAAUGAACAAUUAAAUAUUUAUAAAUUACAUAGAUCUGCACCGGGUAGAGGAAUCGAUCUUAAUCCACUCAAGCGUUAUAAUGAUCUUGAUCCAGAUCCAAAGCAUUUACAUAAAUCCAUGUAUGGUGGUGUAUCAUCAGAUUUACCAAUUUGUUCAGAAUUAGGUGUUGAAAUCUUGAAAAAAGGUGGUUAUGCUGCAGAUGCUGCAGUCACAGUUGGUCUAUGUAUUGGGUUAAUCAAUUCAUUCAAUUCAGGUAUUGGUGGUGGCGGUUAUAUUGUUUCCAAAAGAUAUGAAGAAGAUCCAAUCUCUAUAGAUGCAAGAGAAAAAGCUCCAUUAGGUGCAUAUAAGGAAAUUUUUAAAGGUAAAGAAUACCUAUCAAAAGUCGGAGGCUUGGCUGCAGGUAUACCAGGGGAAAUAAAAGGUUUAUACACUUUAUUCAGCACACAAGGAUCUGGGAAAAUAACAUGGAAAGAAGUCAUUGAUCCUGUAAUUAAAUUGGCAGAUGAGGGAUGGAAUGUAUCAACAGUUUUAGCAGCAGCAAUCGCAGCAGACCAGGACUAUUUUAGAGAUCAUUCUUCAUAUUGGCCUUUUGUCUUUAAAGAAGAUUCAUCUGAUGAUAUAGUUCAAUAUGGUGAUCAUGUACGGAUUCCUGAGUUAGCUAAUACGUUUAGAUUGAUUGCUGAAAAUGGUAGUGAUGCUAUAUUUUAUGAUCCUGAAGGUCCUAUUGCAAGUAAUUUAAUCAAAGCUGCAAAUGAUAAAGGUGGAAUUUUUACAAAACAGGACUUCUUGGAUUAUAAUGUUGAAGUAAAACCUGCUUUGAAAACAGAAUAUUUGGGAAACGAUGUUUAUACAUGCGCAGGCUCAUGUUCAGGUCCUGCUUUGAUUUCAGGCUUAAACAUUUUGAAUCAUUUUGGGUACCAUCAGGGAGGUGAUAUGAAUUCAGUUUCUACACAUAGAUUAAUCGAGACUUUCAAAUGGGUUGCAAGUGCUAGAUCAAGAUUAGGUGAUUUCAAUGGUAAAGUUAAAGAAGUUAUAAGUAAGGAAUGGGCAGAAAAGGCAGUUCAACAAAUUAAAGAAAAUCAAACAUUACAUAGUUGGGCAGACUAUAAUCCAGCUUUUGAAAUUAAUGAUCCCCAUGGAACGACACAUAUCUCAAUUGUUGAUCAGCAUCAUAAUGCUGUUUCUUUUACAUCUACAGUUAACUUGUUAUUUGGAAGUUUAGUCCGUGAUCCUGUGACUGGUAUAAUUUUGAAUAAUCAAAUGGAUGAUUUUUCUGUACCUGGUAUACCAAACGCGUUUGGAGUUCAACCAUCCAUCUAUAACUUUGUUAGACCUGGUAAAAGACCAUUAUCAGCAACAGUACCAACAAUUGUUGUGAAUGAAUUGGGUAAGCCUGAUUUGGUUAUUGGAGCAGCUGGUGGAAGUCGCAUCAUAACGACAGUUUUACAAGCCAUUGUUAGAAUCUAUAGUUAUAGCAUGCCAAUUUUAGAGACAGUUUCAUAUCCACGUUUACACCAUCAAUUGUUACCAAAUUAUAUAGAGCAUGAAGAGCAUAUUGGGAAUGAUAUUAUUGAAUCUUUGAAAUCAAAAGGUCACAAGACAUUACUUCAACCACCAAAAACGGUGUUAAAUGCAAUUAGAAGAUGGGAAGCUGAAUACCAUGCGGUAAGUGAUUAUUGGAGAAAAAGAGGUGAGUCAAGUGUCGUGUAG